CAGUCUUCAGCAAACAGCUGAUCGAUCAGUCGAACGCCGAAAGUGCGAUUAGAAUGUUGUACCAGCGGAAGCACUUGCGCCGGGCAACGCCGACGUCGAGCAGCCACCAGCGACGUAAACAGUGGAAGUCGCCCUACAGGAUCGACGUCGAGCACGAUGAGCGGCAGUACUUCAUUCUGCCGAUCCACAACAAGAACCGUUGGUACCGGGCGUGCAACCGGCAGAUCAAUCGCGAGUGGAAACGCAUCCGCACUGACCGGCUGCGGGCGCUCGAGCGGAGCGAGGCGCUUCCUUCGAACUUGAUGCUUUGCAGCGGGACGAACCCGCGCGUUCAGGUCCUGGCCCUGUGCUCCAUCACGCGCAUACCAUCCUGCGCCCAGCGGUGUCUGCUGGAGGUUAUCGCGACGCAGGACCACCUGUACUACCUCAACGUCGAGCACAUCUUCGUGGCGCUGCGCGACCAGAACGUGUUCCGGGACCGCUUUCGGUACACGUUCACUCGGGCCCCCGAGUAUGGUGCGAUCCUGGAGCGAUCCGGGCGGCGCGGCGUGCCCAAGUUUGUGACCUCGAGCGACCCGCAGAGCUGGAUCGUGCAGCGGUACGAGUCGUCGGAGGAGGACCUGUACAAUCAGCGCCAGAACUGCUACUACUUCUACUACUACAACGAGGAAGAGGACGACGACACGUACCAGGGGUACUACACGCACAAGAAGCGCGUCGCUUACGACGGACCACCGCCACCGACCUCGGACGAACCAUACCAGGUGGUUCCGAUCCAUCGGUACCCGGAGCUGAAGGAGCAGUGCGUGCGGUUGAUCAACGCGGAGUGGCCCCGCUCGCGGAUGGCGCGCUUCUGUAGCUUCGAUACGUCCAGCGACACGCUGCCGAUCACGUUCGUGCUGACGCAGCUCAUCGGUGGCGAAACGGUCGUGCUGGGUCACGCCAAAGUGUCGCCCGUUCCGGCGGAUGACAGCGCGGCGUUCGUGGAGUCGGUGGUGGUGGACUACCGGUACCGGGGCCGGGGCAUCGGUACGCACCUGAUGGGCGAGCUGGAGCAGUACUGCAAGAGCGUCAUCGGGAGCAACCACAUGUACAUCGCGACCGAUGGCCAGGAGGUGUUCUACGCCAAGUUGGGUUACAUCUUCUGCAAGGCCAUCAACGUCUUUGGCACGCGCUCGACGCGGAACACGGUCAGCAAGAAGCACUGGAUGCGGAAGGUGCUGUCCGACUGGGAACCGCACGGCCCGGCGACGGAUCCAUCCGACGGCGUCGACCACCAGCCGGGCAAGUCCACUACAAACACGCAGGAGUCGCCGUCGUCGCCUCCACUGCCGACGUGUGCCGCCUUGCUGCGUGUCCUGCAAAGGUCAAUUACAUUACAUUCGGAGCUAAAGUAA